AUGUCAGAGUCAACUGAAAUCGUGAACUAUGUGACAAAAAGCUACCUGGCUCAAGAAUACAUAGCUGAAUGGGAAGUUGAUAAACUUUCUAAAUUAGGAACGAAAAGUAUUCGAACCCCAAUAUUUUGCCCGGUUCCGAACGUGAACAUCAAAUUCUGUUUCGAAUUAUGGUAUCAGAUUAUCAAGAUGGCAAAAAAGGAACGUGAUGUGUCUUGUUUUAAAUUGGUGUUGUUGAAAUUGGAAGAUUGCGACACGCCAUCUCUGAAAUUGAAAAUUGACGUUUCAGUUAACUACUCGGAUAAUUCUGUGUACAAAGAGUAUAGUAGUCCGAUUAGUAUUUCUGUCGAAAAUAUCGAUACUGUAGUUUGUGCCGAUGCUACAUCGGAAUUUUACAAUUACUCAGGUGGGUAUUAUAAUGAAGCUGUGCACAAAAAACGAAUGGUGAGUGAUAAGUUGUUUAUAAAAUUUCACACAAAAUUCUAUGGCCAUUUAAGCUCGCCAGCAGAGUAUCAUCGAAAAAUGGAUAAGCUAGAUAAUUUGAAAAGCUUCGUGAAAGAUUUCAAGUCCAUCUACAUUUCAAAAGCUUUCAGCGAUGUAGUGUUUGAAAUUGGUAGAAAAAAACUGCCAGCUCAUAAAUCAGUACUGGCAGCUCAUUCCCCAGUUUUCCUAAAAAUGCUUGAAGAUGAUUUCGAGGAAUCAAGAACAAACACGAUCACAAUCAGGGAUUAUGGUUGUGAAACAUUCGAGAACUUCUUGAGAUAUUUGUAUACCGGGGAAAUAGAAGACAAGACAUGGAUUUCCAUGAAAGAUUUGUACAUUCUUUCUGACAAGUACGCUAUAAUAGCUCUGAAACAAGAUUGCGCCGAUAUCAUCGCUUCAAACAUCAAUAUUGAUCAGGUUUGUGAAGUUUUGGAAAUGGCGUAUUUCUACGAUGAUCAAAAAUUAAAAUGUGAAGCCUCUAAUUUUGCUCUACAGCAUUUUGACGAAUUAGUAUCCACAGAAAAAUGGGCAGAAUUAGUAACCAAUGACCCAUUGAUUGGAUAUGAAUUACUUCGCUUGCACAACGAUGUUAACUCUCCGAAAAAAUAA